AUGGAACUCAAGUACAGAUUUAUAUUUAUCCACCCCACAGCCAAGAAGAUCACAUGCCCCGUGAGUCACUCCAGAUGUGCUCAAAAACAUCUCUCUGUGGCAGCCCAGUCCCCCAAUCCCAGAGAGAGCCGAAGAAGAAGUCCCCAGGCCAGUCCCCCAGGAGGCAGCCUUGGCUCACCUCCUGAGGCGGGAGAGGUCGUCUGGUCCUCGGAAAAGGGAAGGGUGCUAGGAGCUGCACCGUCUCCCGGGGAGGGUGCGGGCACACCUGCAGCUCCUGUCCCCUCGGGCUUGAGGACACCGGCUCCCCUCGUUGGAGGAAAGAUGUGCUGGAAGACGCUGCUGCUGCUGCUGCUGUGUCACAACGCCCAGGCAUCUGUGCCCCACAGGUGGGGCAGGGCCGUGCUCUUCCCAGCCGCCCACCGGCCGAAGAGAUCGUCCUCGCUGCCCCUGAACCCCGUCCUGCAACGCUCCCUGGAGGAGGUGGAACUGCUCUAUGAGUUCCUGCUGGCUGAGCUCGCGAUCAGCCCCGACCUGGAGAUCUCCAUCAAGGACGAGGAGCUGGCUUCCUUGCGGAAGGCCUCUGACUUCCACACGGUCUGCAACGCUGUGAUCCCCAAGCACAUCCCCGACAUCCGCAGGCUGAGCGCCAGCCUCGCCAGCCACCCCGGCACCCUCAAGAAAGAAGACUUUGAAAGGACCGCGCUGACGCUGGCCUACGCAGCCUACCGCACAGCCCUGUCCCGGGGGCAUCAGAAGGACGUCUGGGCCCAGUCCCUCCUCAGCCUUUUCCAGGCCCUGAGGCACGACCUGAUUCGGUCCUCCGGCUCCAGAGUGUCUCCCUGA